GGCGCCGUGAGAGGCGGUGAAGCCGGUGGCCGGUGGCCGGGCGGGACCAACAAAGAUGGCGGCGGCCCCUGCGGCGGGAGAGAUCUGGGCAACAGCUGCAGCUAAAGCUGCAGCCCGGCCCUCGGGGGGGCUGCACGGGGGUAGUAGGGGGUGGCCCUGAGCUGGGGCUUGGCCCCGGCUGGCCUCCCCCGUCGCCUCACCGGGGGACAGGUCCAGCCUGUGGUGUCCACAAUGCCCCAGGCCUCUGAGCACCGCCUGGGCCGGACCCGAGAGCCACCUGUUAAUGUCCAGCCCCGAGUGGGAUCCAAGCUACCAUUUGCCCCACGGGCCCGAAGCAAGGAGCGCCGAAACCCAGCCCCUGGGCCGAACCCCAUGUUAAGACCUCUGCCUCCCCGGCCGGGGCCCCCUGAGGAACGGCUCAAGAAACUGGAGCUGGGACGGGGUCGGACCUCAGGCCCUCGUCCCAGAGGACCCCUUCGGGCAGAUCAUGGAGUUCCCCUGCCUGGCUCACCACCCCCGACCACCGUGGCUCUGCCUCUCCCUUCCAGGACCAACCUAGCCCGUUCCAAGUCUGUGAGCAGUGGGGACUUGCGGCCUAUGGGGAUUGCCCUGGGAGGGCACCGUGGCGCUGGGGAGCUCGGGGCUGCGCUGAGCCGCCUGGCGCUCCGGCCUGAGCCACCGGCUUUGAGACGCAGCGCUUCUCUCCGCCGCCUCGGGGGCUUUCCCGGUCCCCCAACCUUGCUCAGUAUACGGACGGAGCCCCCUACUUCCCAUGGCUCCUUUAACGUCAUAUCGGCCCGGCCCUCUGAGUCUUUCUACUCCGAUGACAAAAUGGCUCAUCACACACUGCUCCUGGGCUCUGGUCACGUUGGCCUGCGAAACCUGGGGAACACGUGCUUCCUGAAUGCAGUGCUACAGUGUUUGAGCAGCACUCGGCCUCUUCGGGACUUCUGUCUGCGGAGGGACUUCCGGCAAGAGGUGCCUGGAGGGGGUCGAGCGCAAGAGCUCACUGAAGCCUUUGCGGAUGUGAUCGGUGCCCUGUGGCAUCCUGACUCCUGUGAAGCUGUGAAUCCCACCCGAUUCCGAGCUGUCUUCCAGAAAUACGUUCCCUCCUUCUCUGGAUACAGGUGGGAGAGCCGGAGGGGAGGAGGCUCCUCUCUGGGCCGAGCAGGGACCCUGGCAGCGUUGUUCGGGGCCCUCGGAUGUCCUUCAUCCGAGAAGUGGGGAGCGACGCGCGGGCGGGGGGUCGUGUCUGGGGACCAGGUGGGGGUCGGUGGCCCACACCCUGUUUCUGGCCGCAGCCAGCAGGAUGCCCAAGAGUUCCUGAAGCUCCUCAUGGAGCGGCUGCACCUCGAAAUCAACCGACGCGGCCGCCGGGCUGCACCGAUCUUGGCCAGUGGUGCAGCUGCCUCUCAGCCCCGCCGCGGGGGGGCUCUGCUAGAAGAACCAGAGCUGAGUGAUGAUGACCGAGCCAACCUAAUGUGGAAGCGGUACCUGGAGCGAGAAGACAGCAAGAUUGUGGACCUGUUUGUGGGCCAGUUGAAAAGUUGUCUCAAGUGCCAGGCCUGUGGGUAUCGCUCCACGACCUUCGAGGUUUUUUGUGACCUGUCCCUGCCCAUCCCCAAGAAAGGAUUUGCCGGGGGCAAGGUAUCUCUGCGGGAUUGUUUCAACCUUUUCACCAAGGAAGAAGAGCUGGAGUCAGAGAAUGCUCCAGUGUGUGAUCGAUGUCGGCAGAAAACACGAAGCACCAAAAAGUUGACAGUACAGAGAUUCCCCCGAAUCCUCGUGCUCCAUCUUAAUCGAUUCUCUGCCUCCCGAGGCUCCAUCAAGAAAAGUUCAGUAGGUGUAGACUUCCCGCUGCAGCGACUGAGCCUAGGGGACUUUGCCAGUGACAAAGCCGGAAGCCCCAUCUAUCAGCUGUAUGCCCUUUGCAACCAUUCGGGCAGCGUCCACUACGGCCACUACACGGCCCUGUGCCGGUGCCAGACUGGCUGGCACGUCUACAAUGAUUCUCGUGUCUCCCCUGUCAGUGAAAACCAGGUGGCGUCCAGUGAGGGCUACGUGCUGUUCUACCAACUGAUGCAGGAGCCACCCCGGUGCCUGUGACACCCCCUUUACGCCCUGGCACCUGUGACGCCCUUUCAACACCCUUAAGCCCCAGGCUCCCCAUUUACCUCAGAGACGUCUAUUUUUGUGUCUUUUUAAUCGGGGAGGGGGGAGGCGGUGGUUGUAGCUCCCGUUAUUUUUUUUAUUAAGAAGUACCCUUCCACCUGGAGGCUCCCUCGUCUCCCAGCCCCAUGUACAGAGCUGCCCAGGUCCCUGCCCGUGUACAGCCCCCAGACCCUCUACAACCUCACUUUUUGUGAAUAAAUUUACUAAGAAAAAGUGA